AUCCCUAUCCUUCUGUAAUAAUAUAAAGUUUUACAUCAAUAUGGACUGACACAAGCUAAGUUAUGGUGAUUGCCACACCUCUCCAUGCCCAGCUGAUGAUGCUCAACUCUCUGCUCCUGUCUCCAUUGAUCCUUCCGAAGCCGUGAGUCACCCGGAGACAUUGUCUCUCUGCGGGAUGACUAUCACCAAUCAAUUCAACAGCUUUAGCCGACAAACAACAGGACAAGACAAAGUGGGGAAAAUGUGCCCAAAAAGAUGCUAUUUUGUCAUUUUCUGCUGUGGUAAUCAUGGAUUCAAUUUCCUAUCUCUCGCUCUCUCUCUCUCUCGACUUACAGCCUUCCCCUAUCUCAUUUCUAUUUUUAUCGACAGGUCACCUGUAUCUGGCUGGAGAGGGGGAAGAGAGGAGAACAAAUGGAAAGAGAGCAGAGAGAAAGAGGAUGAGAGAGAGAGCAGGACCCAUGAGAUUCCUCAUACACAAUGGGAGCCCCUUGCUCUGACGGCUUCUGAUUUGAAAAGAAUAAAGGGGACUUUGCCUAAAGAGGGCCAACAGGAUUUUGAAAUCACUUUGUAGUAUUUUGCCCUGUGAUUGGAGUUGUCCCUUUUGUCUCACUAGGAGUAGUCAUGGCUAUACACUAAACAUAAAAAAGAACUCCUCUUUCAUCACUUUCUCUCUUUACGCCCUGCUCCUAUUUCUAACCUGGUGACAGUCCAUUGCCAUGGAGAAGACAUACUCACUAACAGCCCACUAUGAUGAGUUCCAGGAAGUGAAAUACGGUGGUCGUUAUAGCAGUGACAUCCUCAGCAAUGGCAUGACCCUUCACCUGGGGGGCAGCCUGGACCGUCAUAUGGGACGUGGCCGGGGAGGGUCCAUGUCAAACGGACGGAACAAAGAUCUGAGCAGCACCAGCAGCAGCAGAGGGCUUCCUCGAUGGAGCCGAAGGGAGAUCUGCCUCCUCUCUGCACUGGUCUUUGCUGCUGGCAUGUGCGUUAUCUUGGGCAGCAUGCUGGCACUUAAGUAUAUUUCCCUGGACGCUCAGCAGGAUCCACAGUGCCGACAGGACUGUCAACGCAAACGCUCUCUGCUGCGGGCCGCGCGCUUCAUUCAGGCCAAUAUUGACCCAACCAUCCAACCCUGCCAGGACUUUUACUCCUUCGCCUGUGGAGGCUGGCUGAGGCGCCACGGCAUCCCUGAGGACAAGCUCAGCUACGGCAUCAUCACGGCAAUAGGAGAGCACAAUGAGGAGAAACUACAGCGCCUCCUACUGGACCCAAUACGAAGGCGUGGCCCAGACUCAGCAGAGCGCAAGGUCAAGGAGUUCUAUCGAUCCUGCAUCAACAUCCAGGAGAUCGACAAGCUGGGCUCUGACCCCAUGACGGAGGUGAUUGACAGCUGUGGGGGAUGGGACCUGGUGGGGGCUCCUCCCGGUGCUGCUGGGUGGGAGAGAGAGGGCGCCCCGCAGAGGCUGGACUUUAAUGAGCUCCUGUACAGGACCCAGGGAGUGUACAGCACCGCUGUCUUCUUCUCCCUCACUGUCAAUGUGGACGACAAAAACUCCUCCAGAAAUGCAAUCAGGGUGGAUCAGGAGGGGCUCACACUGCCUGAGAGGACCCUUUACCUGGGACAGGAUGAGGACAGUGUGAAGAUCCUGGCGGCAUACAAGGCCCUGAUGGAGCGCUUGCUGAGCAUGCUGGGAGCUCACAACGCAACUCAGAAGUCCAAGGAGAUUAUACAGCUGGAGACACUUCUGGCCAAUAUCACUGUGUCAGAAUAUGAUGACCAAAGAAAGGACAUCAGUACCAUGUAUAACCGUAUCACCCUCAGGCAGCUACAGCGCAUCGCUCCCAGUCUUCACUGGAAACGCUUGCUGGACAGAAUUUUCCACGACAACUUCUCAGAAGACGAAGAAAUUGUGGUGCUCGCCACUGAUUACAUACAGAAAGUCUCUGACAUCAUCAAGAACACUUCGAAGAGGGUUCUCCAUAACUACAUGCUGUGGCGCAUUGUGGCGGCACUAAGUGAACACCUUUCCACCGCCUUCCGCAGCACCAUCCACGAGUUUUCUCGGGAGAUUGAUGGCACAGAGCAGCAACUGGAGCUCGGCAGGCUCUGCCUCACUCAGGCCAACAAACACUUUGGCAUGGCCCUGGGAGCCCUGUUCGUCCAGCAACACUUCUCCUCACAGAGCAAGGCCAAGGUACAGGAGCUGGUAGAGGACAUAAAGCACUCUCUGGACCUCCGGCUGCAGGAGCUGGACUGGAUGGAUGAAACCACCAAGGAGGCUGCCAGAGCAAAGCUGAAGUAUAUGAUGGUGAUGACAGGAUACCCAGACUUCAUGAUGAAACCUGAGCUCAUAGAUAAAGAAUACGGGUUUGACGUGGACGAGAAGACCUAUUUCAAGAACAUCCUUAACAGCAUCAAGUUCAAUAUCAAGCUGUCAGUCAAGAAGAUCCGGGAGGAAGUGGACAAGACAGCGUGGCUUCUCCCCCCUCAGGCCCUUAAUGCCUACUACCUCCCUAACAAGAACCAAAUGGUGUUUCCUGCCGGCAUCCUUCAGCCCACUCUUUACAACCCUGAGUUCCCACAGUCUUUGAACUAUGGAGGAAUAGGAGCGAUCAUUGGCCAUGAACUCACACAUGGAUAUGAUGACUGGGGGGGCCAGUACGACCGCCAUGGAAACCUCAAGCAGUGGUGGACAGAGGAAUCCUACAGAAAGUUCCAGAAGAAGGCUGAAUGUAUCGUCAAGCUCUAUGAUAACUUCACUGUUUACAAUCAGAGGGUGAAUGGCCGUCUGACACUGGGGGAGAACAUAGCUGACAUGGGAGGGCUCAAGCUGUCGUACUAUGCAUAUCAGAAGUGGGUGAGGGAACAUGGUCCAGAGAGGCCGCUGCCUGGGCUCAAAUACACACAUGAACAGCUGGUCUUCAUUGCCUUUGCACAGAACUGGUGUAUGAAGAGAAGAUCUCAGUCCAUCUACUUGCAGCUUCUGACUGACAAACAUGCGCCAGAGCACUACAGAGUGAUUGGCAGUGUUUCCCAGUUUGAUGAGUUUGCUCGUGUUUUCCACUGUCCGAAGAGUUCCCCGAUGAAUCCGGUGGACAAAUGCUCCGUGUGGUGAACUCCCCGUCCGCCUGUUGCUCUUUUGAUGAACUUCAUCUUUGCGGCCCACACACACAACCUGUCCUACAUCACAUAUUUAUCAGACAACCAACAGGAUGAUACAGAGUGCAUCAAGCCUAUUCUUGCCUGUAAAGGAUACAGGAAUGAAAUGUAUCUUCUAAACAUUAUCAGUUCACAUGUCUUCAUUUAGGAAGUUCAUACAACUGUCCAUUGUCUUUACUAACCAAACUGAAGCAUUUGUCACACAGCCAUUGAUCAUGUACAUAUAUAUCAUUUGAUUAUAUAUAUAUUUUUCAAUGUUAAAAUUUACUUUUAAAAUCAUCUAUUUUUCUAUUUUAGCAGAUGUAUCACGUACAUGAUGUGUAGAAGUCAUAAGCUAUUUGUUUUUUUUAAUUAAGCAACAGUUUCCUCAAUUGUUUCUCUUUGUAGCAUCAAGUAGAAAAACUUUAGCAUAUCAGAAUAUUACAGAUUGGCAGCAACAGGGAUUUCAGUACCUGAUGUAAACCAAACAAAGACCAAUUUAAACUGAACUGAGAUCAGUAGCAUCCUUGUGCCUGCCAACAUGCUGGUGUUGUUUUCAGUUUGGUCUUGGAGUUUGAUUUGUCUCGCAAUGCUACGCUCUUGUGGCUGCAGAGAUCAACGGUCACUGUUCAACCGUCAUGACUGUUGUAAUCGUUUGCCUGCAUUGGUCUUGUUACUGUCAGUGUUUGUACGUUUUUAAGAUUUGUUAAAAUUUGUUUUUAAAAACAAGGUGGACUUAUGGUGGAUGUUUUUCUCAGGAUUUGUAGCAAAGCGCCAAAUGAAGGAUCUUUGCGUCUAUAUCUACAUUCAACUCUUCAGCCUGCGGUACAAUCACAAAGGAGCUGGGAUACUGUACUUAACAAACAUUGGAUGAAAAAAAAGAAGAAAAUAUGAUUCUUUACGGGAAUCCACAGCACGGGCAACCCCUCCUACAACUCCUACAGCUAUUGGACUAUUCACAUCUCUGUCUUUCUUGAUGAACUCUAAAUGAUCUUAUACAAACUGGGAUUCAAGUGAGAAGGAGAGUGUGAGGUCCCAUUAUACAGUAUAUUCACAGUUAACUCACCAAAUAACAAGCCAACACUCUGUACAUAAGAAGUGCAAACUAUGGUAGAUGGAGAAUCAUACAUUUGUACGCAGUGUUAUUUAAAAAUAAUUACUUUUGUAUAAACAAAAAAUAAGAAUCUUUGUACAGUGAAGAAGUAUAACAGAUGUUAUGGGUGUACAGUUUGUUUUGAUGAGAGUGCAUGUUUCCCUCCUGACCAUUACAUUUGGAUCGAUAUAGAUGGAGGACAUCACACACACACACACACACACACACACACACACACACGCGUCUGACCUUUAAAGCUGCUAUUUCGCACAUGGCUGCUAUCUCUUCCUCUUUGUUGGUCAUCAUUUAAUGUUUGAAUAAAUACAAAGGAUCACUG